GUCAAACUGAUCUCCAGCAAUUUGGAAAUUUGUCACACGGUUAUUGUAUAGCAUACAAACGAAGAGUUUAGAACUUAUUGGUAAAAUGUGGUAAACAAUGCUACUUUGAGGUCGAUGUAAUCUUUCAAGCUAAUAUUUAUCCCAGGGCACCUUGUGGUAACUAAGGAAACAGCCGCCAUAUUUGAUCAUCAACAACUUGGGAAUAAGUGCUUCUCGUCUGCUACAUAUCAAUUAUUUUCAUUUACAAAAUGUCGGACCAGGAGGAUUUUGGAGAACAAGAGCAAGAAGAGGAACAAGAAGCGGAAGGGGAAGAAGGUGAAGAAGAACAAGUAGAGGAAGAAGAGAAAAUUGAAGAAAACCCACUGACACAGGAGAUCAUCGCAGAAUCACUUUCACUCCUUUGUAAAACUGGAGAUGGACUUGCACAUGCAUAUGUCAGAAUAGACCUUCAUGAUAAGUCCCUUUCAGACAUCAGCAUCUUGAGUUCUUUCAUUCAUCUCCGAUACAUGGAUAUAUCUAAAAAUAAUCUCAAGGACUUAACCCCUCUCAAUUCCCUAACACAUUUGCUGACACUGAAAGCGGAUGCCAACUUGCUCCAGAGUGCUCAGAUGGAGGAGUUGCCAUAUCUUCAAGUGGCGAGUUUCAAUCAGAAUAAGAUAAAAACCACAGAAGGAGUGAAUCACCCACUUCUGGAACAGUUGUCUUUAUCAUUCAAUGAGAUCACAUCUAUCAGUGGUUUUGACCCCAGCAUCCUAACCAGGCUUCACACCUUGGAGCUCAGAGGGAACAAACUCAAAUCUACAGAAGGACUGUAUUUGCCAAAUUUGAAAAACCUGUUCUUGGGUGCAAACUUGUUGACAGAAUUGACAGGUUUAGAGAGGCUAGAAAACCUGCAGACUCUUCAUCUGAGAGACAAUCAGUUGGAGGCUCUGGAUGGUUUCGCUGAUACAAACAGACAUUUACAGUACAUAAAUCUACGAGGUAACAAUAUAGCAAGUGCAAAAGAAAUGAAGAAACUGCAGAGUUUGCCAAUGUUACGAGCCAUUGUGCUGACAGAAAACCCAUGCGAAGAUGAUGAACAGUGUAGGAUAGAGGUCCUAGUUCACUUAAGACGACUGGAGCGUCUAGAUAAGGAAGAAUACAAUGAGGAUGACAGAGAGGAGGCACAGCAAUUGGCAGAACAACGGCGACAAGAGGAACUUGCAGCUGAUGAUACUAAAGCUGAUGGGGAAUAGAUAACACUACUGUCACUGUGCAAGCACAAGCUAUCAGGUUGGUGAUGCAGAGAUGAUUGAGGAUGAACCAGAUGAUGCGUGAAGACAAUGACAGUGGUUUCUUUACAUUGCCAUUGAAGAACUGAAGACUGUUUACACACAAAGAAACUGGAUUGCUUCAGCAUGAGGAGUCUUAGUCAUCUUUCAGUGGAAAUGUGGACCUUUUCUCAUUUUCCGUCUUUCUUUCAUUACUCUGGGCAAAAAAUAUUGUUGACAUAGAACAAAACUGAAUUUUUUAAAAUUCUUAUUUUGAACUCUGGGACCAGCAGUUUAUAGAUGUAGAUGCAAAAACAUCUUUGGAAUAAGAGGCCUUGGUUUUCUGAUUUGCAUGGCAUGUGAACUUUAUAAGGAGAAUAACAGGAAAGAAAAGAAAACGGUCAUGUUAAUAUUGUACAAAAAUGCAUAAAAAAUGUAUUUUGGAAACUGACCUUUUACUUUCAGAGUAAACAAUUGCAAUGAACUCUGGAAAAAUUUACCCUCAUUAUUUUCAAAGAAAACGUGAAAAUAAUUUAGUCUUGAAAAACAAAGUUAUGAACAGAAGGGUUUUUAAAAUUUUUGUAUAGCUGUGGUAUUAUGAUUAGUAUUUUUUGCGAGAAUUACGGAAAAAAAGGCACUCUUUUUUUAUUCUUGUACAGAAAUGUAAAUAUUUAUAUAUUUGUGAAAUAAAUUGUUUAAAGG